AUGUUUCUCCACUGGCUGCUUCUUCGCACCUUUGCGCUCCUUACUCCCUUCGCAGUUACCGCCACUGUUUACCUUUAUUUAUACCCCAUCUUCAAUGGAUGCGCCUUUCCUCUACCCCAAUCUCAGGUCUCACAUUCCAGCGCGCACAAUACCCUGGGUUCGUUAAAUCGCAAUGCCGUGCUCAACACGCUCUCUCAACACCUUGGUAUCUCGGCCCUAGAAGCAGACAACCAGCCCGCGAUCUUCAGACUCCUGGUACUUGCAGACCCUCAAUUGGAGGGCGAUACUUCUCUACCGUUCCCUGAAUAUGAACUCUAUCCCCGCAUGCAAACCCAUUGGGCUGCCAUCCAAGAGGCAAUCGGCAAUGCUUCCGUCUCGUCGCAAACCCUACCAUUCCUGACCCUCCUGAACGACGAUGUACUGUCGAACAUGACAACCGGUCUUCGAACCCUUGUCUCCGAAGACAUUCCUCGCGCCUUUAAAUCGGGCCUGAAACGCCUAGACCUCUUCGGCAACGACUAUUAUCUCGCACAUAUAUAUCGCACCCUCUUCUGGUGGACCCGGCCCACGCAUACUACAGUACUAGGAGACUUAGUUGGAAGUCAGUGGAUUUCAGACGAAGAAUUUGCACGACGGGGUCACCGCUACUGGGACCGAGUGUUUCGGGGCGCUGAGCGCGUCAAUGACAACCUUACCCGGACAGGCGCUCCAGGCAGGAGCCAGGGCACAAAUGACCAGACAGCACCUGUUGAACCUCUCGAACGCACAAACUCAUCUUGGGCGCAACGUCUGAUCAACAUUGCGGGAAACCAUGAUAUCGGGUAUGCAGGCGAUAUCAGUGAGGCUCGGAUGGAACGUUUCGAGCGCGAGUUCGGCCGUGCGAAUUGGGAUGUCCGUUUUGAACAUCCGCCUGUCUUGCAGAAUGGCUCUUUGGCGUCUGAUGGGCAUGCGGCGACUGUUACACCGACUUUGCAUUUGAUCAAUCUCAAUACCCUGGUCUUUGAUACCCCUGCGCUUUCUUCCGAUAUCCAGAGCGAGACUUAUUCCUAUCUGAAUGAGCUGAUCUCUAAUCGACUCUCUCCGGUCGAGGACCGGUCAGAAUUCACUCUCCUCUUGACGCAUGUUCCUCUUCACAAGAAAGAGGGUAUUUGCACUGACGCGCCGUAUUUCUCGUUCCAUGAGUCUGACGAUGAAGAUGGGCCAGAUGAUGUGCCGCGUUGGCUCGACGGUGGCCUCAAGGAGCAGAAUCAUCUAAGUGAUUUUAUCAGUUCCGGUGGUGUUCUCCAGGGAAUCUUUGGCAUGAGCGGUGAUGAUAAUGUGCCCGCUGGUGGCAGAGGUCGGAAUGGACUCAUUCUGACAGGACACGAUCACGCCGGCUGCGACGUCGUUCACUAUAUCAAUCGCACUGCUGUCGACGAAGACAAAGACGAGCAGGACUCUACCCCUGAUAGUCCUGUUCAGAAGUGGCAUUGGGAUGCUGAGCGUUUUGACAACAGCCACCAUGUUGAAGACCCUGCCAUCCGUGAGGUGACUCUGCGUUCAAUGAUGGGAGAAUUCGGCGGCAAUGCUGGUCUUCUAUCGGCUUGGUAUGAUGUUGCGGCUGGCGAGUGGAGCUACGAGAUUACCAUGUGUCCUGCCGGGGUUCAGCAUAUCUGGUGGGCUGUUCAUGUCCUCGUGCUUGUAACGCUGAUCGUGGGUCUACUUGGAUUCUUGACCACAUUGCUUGGAUGUGGUGGUGGAAUACAAGCGAAGCAGAUUCCUUCCGGGGAUGCUCCAAAGGCUCGAAAAGAGAAAGAACCUCGGCCAAGUGUACAAAAAGCGUGA